AUCAACCUGUUGCUGGUCCAUCUCAGAUCUGAGCAUCAACUAUUCAGGUUUGACAUUUGAAGGUUUAAAAUAGCCGAUAAUUAUAUUUGAAGCCAAAAUAAACGACUCCUUCAUGGGUCAGUGAACGUCCCGCGUUGCCAUAGUGACAGUAAACCACAAAGAACCGUUAAACAGAACCGGACCGACGGACAGAGAAACAGAUUAAAGAACCAGAGAAACGCGCCGUUUGACGCCCCCCAGCAGCCGCUUUUCCCCGGAUCUUCUUUCUCCGACUGUCCGGGGAACCUUGACCCGGCUGGAGGCUCCAGACCCGGCGGCAGGAUGAGUAGGAACCGAGCGAUUCCCGGUGGGAAGGUUUACCGGCAGCUGUUCGACGCACAGGCGCAGCUGUCCAGAUCCCUGCUGGCAGGACGCAGAGUCCAGAGGACAGGAUGUCUGUCCCCGGUGGACAGCAAGACACCUGACAGCAGCAGGUGGCAGCAGAGGUCUGAUGAAGUCGAUGGCUCCGCUGACGUCAUCCGGCUUCCUGACCGUAUGGUCAUUGACAGGUCCAGCUUCGGGAUCAUUGACAAACUGAUGAAGAGGAGGAAGAAGAAGCAUGAUGAAGCUCUGAGGCAGCAGGAGGCGGAGCUGCACCACCUGUCCCAGGUGUGUGAGCUGGAGGUGAGGUCCAUCUGUGAGCAGCUGGUGUCCUCUCUGGGGGAGGUGGACCUCAGGUUGGACAUCCUGAAGGACAGGAUUGGACAGCAGCCUGUCGGUCUGCAGUGCCUGCACAGCCUCUGGGAGGAGGCGGACGGGGAGAUGAGGCAGAAGAAGAGCCGAGUCUCAGAAAUGCAGCAGAAGCUGAAGAACUGUGACGAUGGAAGGAGCCUGGAGAUCAAAAAGAUUCUGAAGAAGCAGCUCCACCGCCUGGAGCAGAUCGGCUUCCUGUCUCCACCCGACGUCCACCGUCUGAUCCACUCCAAGGCCAUGAUGUUGAACCAGUCUCUGCUGGCCAACCGGCGCAGCUCGGCCCGGCUGGUUCUGCUGCUGCAGGACCAGAACCUCCAGCAGGAGUUGGUGCUCCGUCUGCACUGGGAGGAGAGUCUGGACCGCUGGAGGAAAGGCCGGGUGGAGGAGAUGCUGGAGGCGCUGAGAACCGUGUGCAGCAGCAGGGACGGGGAGAAGGAUAUGUUCUCGGAUCAGAUCAAACAGAACCAAGAGGUUCUGGUCCAGCAGCGCUCCGAGGUCAUCUACAAGAUCUGCUCUCUGGUCCCGCCCACCUGCUCCUUAGCUCUGGCUUCUAAUUGGUUCAACGAGCUGACGGCCGUCAACCAGCAGAUUGCUGGUCUCCAUGCCAACAUGCGAGAACAGCUGCAGAGGUUUUAUGAAGACACCUGGCAGCGUCACCGGGCCGAGGCGCAGCGCUCCCAGGAGGCGCUGUCGACGCUGCAGCUGUCCGACCAGCAGCUGGAGGAGAUCGCGUCCUCUCAGCUCCUCCCUCUGAUUGGACAACGCCAGAGAGACGACGAAGAGCGAUUGGCUAUUUUAGACGAGUGCAGUGACUGCAUGGAGCGCCAUGUCCUCGGGGUCAGCAGGUGGGUGUCUGAGGUGAUGCGCGCCGUAGCGUUGCUAUGGGAGACGCACUGCCGGCGGGUGAAGAGGAGAGAAGAAGAGCUGGAGGGACAGGGCCAGCUGGUGAAGCAGACGCAGCAGCAGCUAGUGGAGAGGAUGAUGGUUCCUGUGGACACCGUGUUGGCGGCGCUGCGUCAGGAGAGCAGACAGGAAGUUCUGGACAUGUGUCUGGACCAAGCUCUGGAGCAGCUGAAGGACAUCCAGGACAGCUGCAGGCCGUGUCUGUCCCAGCGGUGGGACCUCCUGGACCAGCUCCCCGCCGCCCUCAUGGAGGAGUUGUUCUCCUACAGUAACGCCGUCAGCUCCUUCUUCAGACUCAGCCAUCGACGCAGACCGAGUCUAGCGGACUUGCCCAGCGUCUCGCUGUCGUCCAUCAGAACCGGAUUGGACCAGGAAUCUUCCUCCCAGUCGGAGAUGUUCCACCCGAGAAGCGAUUCGAUCAGCAGAGAAGCCGGUUACUCCUUCAGCAGCCUCAGGUUCCUGAGCGAGGCAGGGUCCUCGCUGAACCAACUUUACGACAGCAGCAGCACCACCUUUACAUCGUCAGCGGGAGUGGUCUACAACGGCCCCGCCUUCAGAUGCCCCGCCCCCGACCUGCCUGACUUCAUCCAGGAAACAUACCUGAGCGUGUUUCCUGUGGAGCUCCUCAGCCACACCCUGACCAGGACCCGGAUUCUGGUUCUGGACCACAUCGAGCAGAUCUUCAAAGACCUUCUCGGCACACACACACACACACAUGUCCGUUCAUGUUCUCUGCUGUUACCUCUGUUGAGCCUCAGUUUCCGCCCAGCAGUGCUGCCAGUUGAGCUGCAGCUCCACCGGCAGCAUGUAGACACUUUCUCUGAGGAAAUCUCGAACAUCCUGACCUCCUGUAGGAGAGAGCUCCACGAUCUCCAGGCCUCCAUCCAGAAGAAGAACCUGGAGCUGUUUGACCUUUUGACCUCCCAUAAGGGGACGCUCCAGGAGCUGCAGACCUCCAUACAGAGAGACAACCAGAUCGUCCUCCAGGUGCCGUUCAGGAAACGGCUGGACGACUUUGGCGCCACCUUGCAGGAGCAACUGGACCGGCACGCCGAGGACACCCUGCGGUGCCAGACCAACUUCAAGCGGAUGAUCCGCGGCCUCCUGGAGGAUGCCAGGAAGAGAGCCAUAGAGCUGCAGAAGUCCUUCAGGACGUUCAAAGACGGAGGAGACUUCGCUCCCCAGGAGGUGAAGGUGUUUCAGAAGAAGAUGAAGGAGGAAAUCAAGCGGAUCGGUUCCACUGAGGACUCCAUCUUCUCUGAGCUGGAGGUGUUUGAGUCCAAGAGUCUGCUGCAGCUCCGCAAGGUGCUGGCUCCCCUGGACGACAAGUUCUCCUCCCUGCAGGCGGAGGUGAAGUUCACUGAGGAGAUCCAGAAGAUCAUCAGCAGGACACAGAUCCAGAUCAAGGCUGAGGCGGCCAGCAGCAACCUGCAGCAGACGAGGCUCAGCGGUCGGCUGCAGGAGCUGAGGGAGAUGACGACCGACCUCCAGGCGUCUCCGGAUCAGAUCUGCUCUUCGUUCUGGUCGGUGAAGGAGGAGAUAAAGUCGCGCUUCAGUUACCUGGGUUACAACCAGGACUCGGUGCUGCAGGACAGUUUAGUUCUGUCCAGAACCAAGGUCCGAGGCGCCGGCCUGCGCCGCAGCCGGUCCACUCCGGACCUGCGUGAAGAAACAACCGUCAGGUUCUCCUUCCUCCAGGACCAGAAAUCAAAAACGGCAGAAGACCUGAGCUCCGCCACGCAGCAGAAGAGCAGCAACUCGACCCGCAAACAGAGUCUGAGGAGGAGCUCCAGGUCCACCAGAACAGAAGCCUUCACCGACAUGAGGACCAAGAGGAAGUAUCAGAUUUUUGGAAUCAAACCAGAACCGGAGCUGAGCUCACAGUCCUUCGCCACGGCGCUGAACACCAUCUUGUGGUGGUCCAACGACACCGUGCUGGAAGCUGCCAGGGUUUUCUACAGCGCCAAGCGCGUCUCCACCUUCAGCCUGGUGCCCGAGUCGGCCGACAUAUGGGUGGAGGGCAUACAGAAGAGGCUGCUGGGAUACCAGGAGCAGGGCAAGAAGUUCCUGAUGUCGAGCAAAGACGAGGUGCUGAAGCAGCUGUCCGUGUUCAGGGAGCUGCUGGACUUCCUGCCUCAGGUCCUGACCAGCCAUCAUGUAGUCCAGCAGGCGGCGUGUCUUACAGAGGAGGUGGGCGUGGUCAGAAAGAGGCUGGAGGAGGAGCUGGCAGCCGGCAAGGAGCAGAAGAUGUCCAACCUGGGCCGGCUGCGGGUCUCCCUCAAGGAGGACGAGCUGCAGACGCUGGAGAGCAGGGAGGAGCGCCGGCAGCAGCAGCUACACGACGCCAUCCUCAAGACACACCUGGAGCUGCAGGAGUGUGUGAGAGGGAGAGCCGAGCAGUUUGUGACGUCGCUGGCAUCUCUGACGGAGAAGCUGCUGCACCUGCUGGACGAGGUGCUGCCGGUCACAGAAACGGAUCCAUUGAAGCCGCCUGGAGCUGAAUCCUCAGAGGCAGAUGAAACAGGAAGUGAGCCGAUCAAAAGCUGGACAUGGCCAGGUAUCACUCACCUGUUCCCAAUGACUAGUGAGUCAGCAAAAUCUCCCGUUACCAUGACAACAGCACCCAUCAGUACAACGAGGAGCAGCCAGAAACAUGAGGCGGUCAUUGAGCGCAGAGACGCUGCGUUAAAGGGGUUUGAGCAGCUGAUCCACUCGGAGGUGUCGCGUUCUGAAGCCGACAGACGGAACCAGCUGAGCGAGCAGCAGAACUGGACCUCCUACUGGGCCCAGCAGGUCUUCGCUCUGAGACAGACCCAGAUGAAGCAGCGCUGAGCUGCAGCAGCUGAUUGGCUGCUGAGCUCCUGUAGUUACAGUUUCCAUCCAGCAGGUGGACGACAAUCCUCUGAACCCUCACAUGGUUUGGUUGCCAUGGCGUCGAGCUGAUGUAAUAAAACAUUUGAUGUUGCA